CCAGUGGGUCCUGAAGCCAGCCCUUGUGCUUUUGUUCUCAUGCCAUCUUCCAAUUCUCUCAAGAGUCUCUAAACUAUCUUUAAUCUCUCUCUUUCUCGCUCUCUCUCUUCCCUCUUUCCCACUUUCCCUUUUUCUCUGCCAUCUCUCUCUCUCUUUCUCUCUGCACUGUCCACAAACAACAAUGGCACAAGCAACUCUCCUUCUUCUUCUUCUUCUUCUUCCUCUAGGUAUUGUCAAUGGAGUUAGCAGCCUCGAAGAGAAGAAAGUCCUCCACAUGCCAAAGUUUCAACGGGAACAGCAGAGUACCAUCCCAACUUGCUUUUCACAAAAAUCAAGAAGAGAGAAGGGUGCAACCAUAUUGGAAAUGAAGCACUCUGAUUAUGGCUUUGGGCUGUCCAGCAACUUGGACGAAAGACUUCAAAAACGCUUGAUUUAUGACGAUGUUCGGGUGCAGUCACUGCAAUUGCGAAUCAGAAACAUGAUUUCUGGCAAGGCUGUAGGCGUUUCAGAAGCUCAAAUCCCAUUAACUCCUGGUAUAGAACUUCAAACUCUAAACUACGUUGUCGGGAUGGAGUUAGGAGAUCGAAAAAUGACAGUGAUUGUAGACACAGGAAGCGACUUGACAUGGGUUCAAUGUCAGCCUUGCACCUCAUGCUACAAUCAACAAGACCCUCUCUUCAACCCUUCUCUAUCUCCUUCAUACCAAUCUGUUCCGUGCAACACAUCAACUUGCCAGUCUCUGCAAUAUGCUACUGGGAAUUCAGGAGUGUGCGGGAUGAGUAGCCCCCCAGCCUGCAACUACUUCGUCAGCUAUGGUGAUGGGUCCUUCACUCGUGGAGAGCUAGGCCGUGAGCAUCUCAAUAUUGGAAAUACUCCAGUGGAUAAUUUUGUCUUCGGGUGUGGCCGAGACAACAGAGGGCUCUUUGGGGGAGCUUCAGGCCUCAUUGGACUGGGAAGGAGUGAUCUCUCCAUGGUUUCUCAAACUUCUGCCAUCUUUGGAGGGGUUUUCUCGUACUGUCUUCCUUCAACCGACGCUGAGGCUUCGGGUUCCCUGACCCUAGGUGGUGAUUCUUCAGUUUACAAGAACUCUACUCGCAUUUCCUAUACUAGAAUGGUUCCAAAUCCACAACUCCCCACCUUCUACCUCCUCAACCUCACUGAGAUCAGCAUUGGUGGGGUGGCUUUGCAGGGUCUGAGUUUUCCUAGUGGCGGAAUUCUAAUUGAUUCUGGCACCGUCAUAACAAGGCUCCCUCCAUCGAUCUACAAUGCCGUGAAGACUGAAUUUUUGAAACAAUUUUUGGGUUUUCCAUCUGCACCAGGUUAUUCAAUCUUGGACACUUGCUUUAACCUCACUGGAUUUGCAGAAGUAAACAUUCCAACGGUGAAGAUGCAGUUCGAGGGAAAUGCUGAGGUGAAUGUGGAUGCAAAUGGGAUCUUUUACAUUGUAAAGUCCGAUGCAUCUCAGGUUUGUUUAGCAGUUGCAAGCUUAUCAUACGAGGAUGAGAUUGGGAUUAUUGGAAAUUAUCAGCAGAAGAACCUCAGGGUUAUAUAUGAUACCAAAGGGUCUACGUUGGGAUUUGCUGAAGAAACUUGCAGCUUUAUUUAAACUAAAAAGAUUAAUGUGUGGUUGUGCUACAAUUCUUCAGACCAAAGCUGACUUAGCGCUAAGUCGGCAAUUUAGUCUGACAAAGAAGUCUUUUCACAUUCCCUAUAUUGUAUAAAGCUUGACACUAUCUAUUGGAGGUGGUACAGAACAUGUGAAUGCAAUGUGAUUGCAAUUUUUCUGUCUCUAUAAAUGGAGCAAAAAUUAAACUUCCUAUGCUAAGAAAGCAAGGAUUAAGUUGUAUAUUGAUCCUGUAAUUUAUUAAAGGGAAUAUUGGAAUCUAUGCAA